AAGUUCAAUAACACAACAUAACAGUACCGUGUACCAAGCACACGCUUCCUUUUUAUCAUUGCCGUAAUUACACAUCAGGCGUUAAAAUUUCUAUAGAGUGUUAAUGGAGUAAUAAUGAAGAAUUGCAUAUUUAUUGUGGUUUUGGCGUGUGUAACGCCAGCUGUGCUACCAGCUAAAUAUAUGCUGCCAAAAUGGAAGAAACAGCCUUCGACGGUGGCUCUAUACGAGAAGAGUGUUCAGGCGUGCGAGCUGCCCGCAGUGCAGAGUGAACACAGCCAUUACAUCUGUGAUGACAAGGGAGAGCCGAAGUGCCUGCCGGGAUGGCAAGGAGAUCUCUGCGACGUGCCCAUUUGCAGGAAGGGAUGCGAUCCUCUUCAAGGGUAUUGCAAAAGGCCAGGGGAAUGUAGGUGUAAGAUGGGAUUCUACGGCGAAAGAUGCAAUAAGUGCAUACCUCUUCCUGGAUGUCAGCAUGGCUACUGCAACGUAUCCUUCGAGUGCGUCUGCAGAGAUGGAUGGGAUGGAAUAUUCUGCUCUGAACCAAUCUGUCGUUCGGACUGUCACGCGACCAGGGGAUUCUGUGAGUCACCAGGGGAAUGUCGUUGCCGGCUAGGUUGGGCGGGACCGACGUGUCGGGCUUGCCAACCAUUGCCCGGAUGUCAACAUGGAUACUGUGAUAAGCCCCUUGAGUGCAAGUGUCUGCCAGGAUACACCGGACUUUUAUGUCAAACACCAAUCUGCUCCACUGGUUGCCACGGAGAGCGCGGUUACUGCAGACGUCCAGGAGAGUGUAGGUGUAAGGUUGGGUGGACAGGCCCUACCUGUUCCCAGUGCCAUUCGUACCCUGGCUGUGUUCACGGAACCUGUAGCAGACCAUGGGAAUGCAUUUGCAAGAAGGGAUGGGGAGGAAUGCUUUGUGAUGAAGAACUAAACUACUGUGAAAAGAACCUAGACACCUGUAAAAAUGGAGGAAAAUGCCAAUCUCUGGAAUCGAACGAUGGUUCCUUCAGAUGUCAAUGUCCUCCAGGCAUCAGCGGAAAAUUCUGUGAAAAUAUACCAGACAAUAUGACUACUCCCAAUAGCACUGACACAACUACUGAAUCGAUUGUGGUAGAAGUUUCUACUAAAGCUGAUGAUGAAGAAGAUGAUGAUGAGGGCAAUGAUGAUAAUGAGACUGAAUGAAUGAAUUAUAAAUAGCGCAUUAUAAAUUACUUGGAUGACGUUUUAAUGUAUUAACAAUAAAGACGUUUUGAAUUACACUUAACACACAUAUAACAUGAAUGUAUUACAAAGACAAUUUUUAUUGAGAUCCAUUAAAAUUGUGCGACUGAUGUUUGAACUUAGUAUUUAAGGUAGAUUAAGUAUUUAUUAUAGAAAUAAAUUAUUGAUGUCUA